CUGGGUGAUUUCUAGGACUUUGGUUAUUUAUUAAUGUAAAAGGUUUUCAUUGAUGUUCUGGUACCCAUUGCUGGGAAUAAUACAUGAAGGAGAACUAUGGACUACUUUGUUUCUUAUUCUGAGAAGCAGUACUUUUCAGAAUUAUUUGACUCUUCUGAUGGGGAGGAGAUGGAAGAGGAAAGGAUUGAGAGAUAUGCAGCAGAUUUAGAGAUGAAUCCUUUUGAUGGAUUGCCAUUCUCUUCCCGUUACUACAAACUUCUCAAAGAAAGAGAGAAACUUCCAGUCUGGCAAGUGAAAUAUGCUUUCAUGGAAAGUCUGCGUCAUCAUCAGAUUGUGAUUGUUUCAGGAGAUGGCAAAACUGGUAAGAGCUCCCAGGUGCCCCAGUGGUGUGCUGAAUAUUCUCUUUCCACUCAUUUUCAACAUGGAACAAUUGUGUGCACACAGACACAUAAGCACACAGCAAUAUGGCUGGCAUUGCAAGUAGCUGAUGAGAUGGACGUCAAUAUUGGUCAUGAAGUGGGUUAUGUGGUCCCAUGUGAGAGCUGCUGUAAUAGUGAAACGAUCCUAAGAUACAGUACAGAUGACAUGCUACAAAGAGAAAUGAUGUCCAGUCCCUUUCUGAGCAAUUAUGGAAUCAUCAUUUUGGAUGAUGUGCAUGAAAGAACUAUCCCCACAGAUGUAUUGCUUGGACUCCUUAAAGAUGUAGUGAUAUUCAGACCCGAGCUGAAGCUAAUUGUAAUUACAUCUACUCAAAUGUGCACCAAACUAUAGACAUAUUAUGGCAGCAUGUCUCUCAUAAGAGUGAAAAGCAGAUACCAGGUGGAGGUUGUGUAUACCUGUUGCAUUCAGAAAGAUAAUUUCUCUUCUGCUUUAAGUCUGCUUUUUGAGAUUCAUAACUCUAAAGAGAGAGGUGAUGUUGUGAUCUUUCUGGCCUGUGAACAAGAAAUUGGAAAAGCCUACAAGAUUAUUCAACAAGAAGGGCCUAAUUUAAAUCCUGAACUUGGUGAAUUGGUCCCUGUUCUUCUCUAUCCCAGUGAAAGAGAGAGAAUCCUCAAGCCAAAUGAAGAAGGGCCUUGCAAAAAUUACAGGAGAAGAGUGUUGCUAACUACAAGCUUUGGGGGAUCUUUGGUUUGGAUUAAAACUGUGGCCUUUGUUAUAGAUGUUGGGAUAGAGAAAAGAAAGGUAUACAGUCCUCGAAUCAGAACAGAAGCUGUUGUGAUACAGCCCAUUAGCAAAAGUCAAGCUGAGAUGCGUAGGCAAAUUCUGGGCAUGUCUUCAGGUAAAUGUUUCUGCCUCUACCCUGAAGAAUUUACAGAUAAUGAAGUGAAGCUGCUACCACCAGCCAAAAUUCAGGAAUCCAACUUGACCAGCAUGGUUCUUUUUCUGAAAAGAAUGGAUAUUGCAGGCCUAGGCCACUGUGAUUUCAUGGAUAGGCCAGCUCCUGAAAGUCUCAUGCAAGCUCUGGAAGAUCUGGAUUAUUUGGCUGCCCUGGACAAUGAUGGAAACCUUUCAGAAUUUGGAAUAAUAAUGUCAGAGUUUCCUGUCGAUCCACAGCUGUCAAAGGCUAUUUUAGCUUCAUGUGAAUUUGACUGUGUGGAAGAAAUGCUCACCAUUGCUGCCAUGGUAACAGCUCCUAGUUGCUUUUUAAACCCACCACAGGGAACAGAAGAGAUUGCAGUCGCUUGCUGGCAAAAAUUCUUGCAUCCUGCUGGAGAUCAUUUUACCCUUAUCAAUGUCUACAAGGCUUACAAGGAAGCUAGGACAAGCUCCACAGGCCUGGACUGUAGUACUGAAAAGUGGUGUCAAGAGUAUUUUCUGAACUGCUCUGCACUAAGAAUGGCGGAAGCUAUCAGAGCUGAAUUGGAUGACAUUAUGAAACGAAUUGAACUCCCAAUUUCAGCACCUGCUUUUGGAAUGAAAGAAAAUGUACUGAGGAUAAAGAAAGCACUAUUGUCUGGUUACUUUAUGCAAAUAGCUCGUGAUGUUGAUGGUGCUGGAAACUAUUUAAUGUUGUCACACAGGCAAGUAGCCCAGCUUCACCCUCUGUCAAUAUACUACAACACUGCAAGGAUCCCAGAGUGGGUUGUAUUCCAUGAGUUCAGUAUUGCUGAAAACAACUCUCUAAAAAUCAUCUCAGCGAUAUCACCUGAUCUAUUUGUGGAGCUGGCACCUCAAUACUAUUUUAGUAAUCUGCCUGCCAGUGAGAGCAAGGCUAUUCUGCAGGAAGAAAUCAAUCAUUUAUCACCCAUUUCAACAACAGGCAAGGAAGAAAAAACAAACAGCAAAGAUAAAGAAUAUAAAAAAUAUCCUGAAACACCUGCCGAACAGCGAUGCAUUAUUCAAUAAGUUUGCUAUCCCAAACUGUGUUGAAGUAUAUAACCUCUAUGUACAAUAUAUUCCCAACACCAGCUUUUAUAUGACAUGAGAAAUGAUUUUAAAACAG